GAAUACGAGCGUGUAUUAUGCGCGUUAUCUUCAGAAGAAGAGGGCGAGGGAGAGAGACAGAGAAAGCCGCGCGCGAUAAAAUAUAUAACUCGGAGAGCGUCGGCCACAGGAGUCACAAGUGCCCAGUCGGCGAUCUCGUGAGCAUCGCAAACGUGUGUGUUGAGUUUUUUCCACUGACGCCGCCGGCCGAAAACAACGAUGCUGAGAAGUGCAGUUUGAGCCGCAGAGUGAGCCGAUGAAAGUGAACGAAACGGAAUACCGCAAUACUGAGUCUACAAGAGUCCAGGAUUAAUUUCUAAUCGAAACCGGUUUUGCGAGUUUUGGAGUACAGCAGCAGCAGCAGCAGCAGCAGCAGUAGUAGAGCGAGCGAGAUAAAUUUUUUCUCCCUCGACAAAACGACGACUAUAAUCACCAAGCUACUCUGGGACUGCCCCCUUGCAAUUUUCGAGAAAAUGACGAAGGGAAAGUUUACACGGGAAACCUCGAGGAUGGCGAACCUCGAUGAGGUCAAGAUGGUGUGGGGACUGGCUGACGCCGUCUGCUUCGAUGUUGACUCGACGGUGAUCCAAGAAGAGGGCAUCGACGAGCUCGCCAAGUUCUGUGGAAAGGGCGAACAGGUUGCCAAUCUCACAAAGCAAGCGAUGCAGGGCAACAUGACGUUCCAGCAGUCGCUGACAGUCAGGCUCAACAUAAUUCAGCCGAGCCUCUCACAGAUCAAAGAAUUCCUGAAAACACACCCACCAAAGCUGACGCCCGGCAUUAAAUCUUUGGUACAGACACUGCAAGAUCAGAAGAAACAGGUCUACCUGGUCUCAGGCGGUUUCCACUGCCUCAUUGCGCCUGUUGCUUCGCAACUUAAUAUACCGCAAGAAAAUAUUCGCGCCAACAGACUUAAAUUUUACUUUACAGGAGAGUAUGCCGGCUUUGAUGAGAACGAGCCCACAUCUCAAACUGGCGGUAAAGCCGAAGUCAUCAGACGAUUGAAGGAAGAAAAAGGUUUCAAAACCGUGGUUCACAUUGGUGAUGGAGCCACGGAUUUAGAAGCUUGCCCUCCAGCGAGCGCUUUCAUCGGAUACGGAGGCAACGUCGUGCGAGAAAGCGUAAAGGCUCACGCGCCUUGGUUCAUUACGGAUUUUAAGGAUCUAGAAGCCGCUUUGUGAGAAGAAAUAGUGUGAAAUGUUCGAGAGAAUAUUGAAUGCGUGUUGAGAAAAUCCAGAAAGAAUAUUCAACAAUAUUUUUCAAUGGAAUGACUAUUUACAGAAUAUUUUUGUGUACAGAGGUGUAAAUAUUACUGACAGUAUUUUUGAGAUAGUGACAUUGUUACAGAGAGAUGCACGAUGGCAUCGCACGUACUGUAAGGUCGAAUAUUUUGGCGAGUUCGAAUUUUUAAUGAUUGUUAUCAAAAAUACCGUGUGCAAUAACGAUUUUUUGUACGAGAGUUACAUAAAAUACAUUUAUGACGCUAAAA